AUUUACAGUAUACCGUUGCUCAAUACCUACUCUCGGUUUCUAGCUUUGCGUGACUACAAUUCCCAGAGCCCCGCGCUUCACCACAAUCCCCUUAGAGUCGGCCGCGCAGAGUUCUGGGACUUGAAGUCCACGGCCUAUUUACCCAAGUUAGAGCUAGGGGCCUGUGGAAACAUGAAGAGGGUAAAUAGCUGUGUGAAGAGUGAUGAGCAUGUCUUGGAGGAGCUGGAAACAGAAGGGGAGAGGCAGCUGAAAAGCCUCCUUCAGCACCAACUUGAUACCUCUGUCUCCAUUGAAGAAUGUGUAUCUAAGAAAGAGAGCUUUGCUCCUGGUACUAUGUACAAGCCCUUCGGGAAAGAAGCAGCUGGGACUAUGACUUUGUCCCAGUUCCAGACACUGCAUGAGAAGGACCAGGAGACUGCUUCUCUCAGGGAACUAGGGCUCAAUGAAACGGAAAUCUUGAUCUGGAAGAGUCAUGUUUCAGGUGAAAAGAGGACGAGAGUUAGAGCAACCCCUGAAGCAAUACAGAACCGUCUUCAAGAUAUUGAAGAAAGGAUCUCAGAGCGUCAGCGCAUCCUUUGCCUGCCGCAGAGAUUUGCAAAGAGCAAACAGCUGACCCGGCGAGAAAUGGAAAUAGAAAAUUCCUUAUUUCAGGGAGCUGAUCGUCACUCCUUCCUUAAGGCUCUUUACUACCAAGCAUACCACAAAAAGACAAGUGCAGACAAGUACAUGACCUCAAUGAAGAGGAAGAUAAAAUUAGGCACAAAAGAUGAACCCCAAAAGAAGAACAAAGGUGAUCCCAUGAACAACCUGGAAAGUUUUUACCAAGAGAUGAUAAUGAAAAAACGUCUUGAAGAGUUCCAACUAAUGAGAGGUGAACCCUUUGCUUCCCACUCACUGGUCUCAGCUACGUCAGUGGGAGAUAGUGGCACAGCUGAGAACCCGUCAUUACUCCAGGACAAGGGAAAACAGGCAGCACAGGGUAAAGGUCCCAGUCUCCAUGUGGCAAAAGUUAUUGAUAAUUCACCUGAGCAGUGUUGGACUGGGCCUAAGAAGCUGACGCAGCCAAUAGAAUUUGUCCCAGAAGAUGAGAUCCAGAGAAAUCGUUUGUCAGAGGAAGAGAUCCGAAAAAUUCCUAUGUUUUCUUCAUAUAAUCCAGGGGAGCCAAACAAGGUGUUAUACCUGAAGAACCUUAGUCCUCGGGUGACUGAAAGAGAUCUUGUCUCAUUAUUCGCUCGGUUCCAGGAGAAAAAAGGACCUCCAAUUCAGUUCCGAAUGAUGACUGGACGAAUGAGGGGGCAAGCUUUUAUCACCUUCCCCAAUAAGGAAAUAGCAUGGCAAGCAUUGCGUCUGGUAAAUGGAUAUAAACUACGUGGGAAAAUAUUAGUGAUAGAAUUUGGAAAGAACAAAAAGCAACGGUCAGAUCUCCAUACUACUUCUAUAAUAUCAUCUACUACAGAUAGCACUACAGAAAUCAGUGGUAGCUAGAAUACAUAUAGAUUGUGAGUCCCAGGAGGUCUUUCUUGCAUCAGAAUCUUAGAUCUAAGAUUUGUGUAUAGAUAGCAGUUUGUUUGGAAUUGAACAAAAGAAACAGACCAAGGGAGAGGAAGUCUAAUUAAGGUCAUCCCUUUCAGCUUUUCGAAAGAAUUGGUAGAAAACAUUUUCUAUAAUCAAAGACCACAGGGUAGACUGUAUACUGAGUAUGAAGGGUAGGGUACAAAGAGUAUAAUUUUCUCAGGAUAAAUUACAAUGGAUUAUUUCCAAGGAUUUUUUUAAUCUUUGUAAUUUAUAUGAGGUCUUAAAUAUUUGUCCCUUGAGAUAACAUUCUUUCCAAGAUUGCCUCCUAUAUGCAGAACUGAAAAAAAAAACUAACUAAAUUUUGAAAUAUUUAUUUUCUGGAGCCCAUUUGGCCCUAAUUUUAUUCACCUCAUAAAUAAAUGACCAGGACCCCAGGUCUAAACAUCAGUAAAUGCUGUUAAAUGAGAACUAUCAGCAGUAACAGUAGGUAGUUUUCAUAAGUCAGUCAACAUAUUUAAUGAGCACUUCCGCAUUAAGUUGUCAGUGUCUUCAAAAAGCUAUAUAUUUUUUCUAAUGAAAUAAUUUAGAUCAAACUACUAAUGUUCUCAUAGUUAUUUAAGCUAGCUACCAUUGAGUAAUCAUUGAAUUCAAAGCAAUAAACAUUGAAUUAUUGUCUAAUAUGCUAAGGAUUAGAUAUAUGAAUUUUAGAAGAGGAACUUACUAGCAAAGAAUACUAAAAGAAAAAGAGCUCUCUAGAAGACAGGCAGCCAGCACCAAAUCCCCAGUUAUUUGUUUAUAGUUGCUGGAGACUAGAAAGAUGACAUGAUAUAGAGGAAGUAGUACAAACUUUGAAGUCAGACCUGUUGGAACUCCACAGCCAUACUUACCACUCUGUGACCUUGGCAAGUCACUUAAUCUGAGCCUCAGUUUUCUCAUCAAUAAAAAUGAGGAUAAUAAUACUACUUACCUCACUGGAUUGUGAUGAUUGUAUCCAGGUUGAAGGACAGAAAGGAAAAAAAUGAAAAUUUAUCAGGGUAUAGGAACAUUAAGCACUCCAAUGUAAUUGUAAUAGGAAUACCAGAGAAAGAAAGGAGGAGAAGAAAUAAAUAUUCCAAUAAUAAUGGCUGUAAACAACCCAAAUUUGAUGAGAAACAUUAUCUACACAUCCAAGAAAUCUCAAUGAACCCUAAAUAGGAUAAACAGGAAGAAAUCCACAGACAUACCAUAAUAAGAAUGCUAAAAUCCAAAGACAAAGAGAAACUCUUGAAAGCAACAUGAGGAAAAUGAAGCGUCACUUACAAGGGAACUUCAAUAAGAUUAACAGAUGAUGUCUCAUCAGAAACAAUUGAUGUGGCAGUGGGAUAACAUAUUCAAAGUGCUCAAAGAAAAAAAACACUAUCAAUAUAGAAUCCUAUAUUCAAUAAAACUGUUUUUCAAAAAUGAAGAUGAAAUAAAGACAUUCCCACAUAAUCAAAAGCUGGGAGAAUUUGUUGCUGGCAGAUCUGACUUACAGGAAAUAUUAAAGGAAGUUCUGCAAGUGGAAAGCAAGUCACCUCAGACAGUAAUUUACAUCUACACAUUCAAAAAAUAGCACAGGUAAAGAUAAUUAUAUAAUUAUAAAGGACAGUCUAAAUACAUUUUUCCCUUCUUAAUUGGUUGAAAAUGUAAUUUUAUAAAACAAUAUGUAUAUAGUUGCAUUGCUGGAUCUAUAACAUAUGAAACUGUAAUAUAUUUACUAAUAACAGGACAAAGGAAGUUGGUGAAAACAAAGCUGUAUUGUACUAAAGAAAUUACUCCAGAUGGUAACUCAAAUCCAGGAGCAAAUGAAGAAAACAAGAAAUGGGAAAUAAGAAGUUUAAUAUAAAAAAUCUAUAAAUAUAUACUUACUUACUCUUCUCUCAGCUACCUUAAAAGGCAAAAUUGUAUUAAUAAUUAUAACUAUGUAUUGUUGGGUUUAUAACAUGUAGAAAUAAUAAUAAUAGUAACAAUAAUACCACAUAAAAACUGGGAAAAGGAAUGUUUAUAUAGGAAUAUGUUUUUUUAUAUCUCAUUAGAAUUUAGUGUGUGUAUGUAUGUGUGUGUGUGUAUAUAUA